AGCGAAUUGAAAAUAGCCCAGGUGAGAAGCGGUCGCACUUCAUAGGUUGCCUAGUCCUACGCACCCAAAGCCACCACCUUGUUUUCUAGAUCUAUUUUCAUCGACAUUACUCCAUCGAGUAACAAUUGUUUCAUUCCUUGUCAACGGCCACAUUUAUUAUUGAUUGACUUUUUUUCUACUACUCGUUAAUAUUCCAUUAUUCGUCUUUUUAAUUGACGUCACCAGUUUGCUCCACCCAGUCGCAUCACCAAGACAAAAGAAAAUGUCAUCUUCGUUCCAACCAGCGAGUCGUACUUUUCCUUCAUCUGGAGUCACUGCAACUAGUCCGGGAAUAAUGGCUAGUAAUACAGGAGCAACCUCCAAUGGUACAGCCGGGAUGGCUCCCACAGCUGCGAGUCCGAAUGCAGCCGUCACACCAACCGGAGCCACAUCCUCCACGACACCAGCGCAAAUGACUUCACCCGUUGCGGCACAUAGUCCAUCUUCGAGUUCGACUGGGCCUCGUCCUGAAGCCCCAACAAACGAGAUAAAAAUCGGAAAAUCGGAGACGCUGCGACCAGUAUUUCUCCGACAGAUCAUGCGGCAGUUGAUAGCUAUGAUGCUUUUAGACAACUAGUUAGUUGUUGAGAGUGUUUUCCUUAGUUUUGCUAGAGGUAAACAAGAUUUAUGCACUAGUAUUCUUACUCUAUGAAUAUGAUCAGAGGGAGUCUACUCAUGUGAAAACUCAAGCAUUAGUAAGAAUGCCAAAGACCCCAAACCCUAUGCCAGAGCCAAAGUUCGAACACAGAAACCCUUGUAUGUAAACUUCUUUGUUCUCCCCCUGCUCCCUUCAUACCAAAAGGCGAGGAAAUAGUCCGAAUUAGCGGUCUAGCCACGGCUAUCCAGGAGACUGUGAUCAUUCAUCAGCUGUUAUCGAAUAUGAUAGAAACGCACAGCAUCGAGACGCACUUCUUAGGGACGCACAGAUCGAAAAAAGACGAGCAUCCGCAACUGCGGAUUGCAUUCAGUACUAAAAAUAGUUUUUGAUCAUGCAGCUUAUAAGCUUAUUCAGUAUCUAUCAAUACGUUUACGCAGUUAUUUACGUAAAUAAUUGCGUAAACGUACUGAUAGAUACAUACUGAAUUGAUUAAGCAAUUUCGUUAGAUCAGUGCCUUACACUCUUUGGCUUUAAAGUUAUUUACGUAGAGGCUUUUCUAGAAGAUGGCUAUUGUUCCGUGCUGUCGUUCAAGUAACAUGCAGCGCAGCACCAACGGACGAGGUAAGUAGAUUUGUUCGCAUUUUAGUGUUCCUCAGUCAACAAGGACUUAUACAAAUUCGUGAAUAGACUAUGCAGAAGUCGACUAGGUGGAACAAGUCCGUACGCAUAAUUGAUUCCGUGAGAUGAUGAUCCAACUGAGUUUAUUGCACCACGUUCUCGUGCUAAUCCCAGUGUCGGAGACUGGAUCUAUGGUCGGAUCAAUCCAUGUUUCCGUGCAACUCGAACGUGACUUCACGUGAUUAGAAUUUGGCAGUAAGGAUCACGGUCUCCAUGACGUUGAUACUCAAUUGUAACAACAAGCGCAGCGCAGCGUUUGAAAUUGUAGCUUAUGACAUCGGUGGUGGCUACGCAACUAACCCAUACAGGAGAGCAAGUCGUUCCUGUCUAAUUGUUUAGAUUGUUGAGGAAUUUUCAUGUCCAAGAUGAGUAUAACUUUUGCAGUGGUGCCUCUACGAUUUUAUUCUAAAAAAGUAACAUAAUCCCCAACAUCUGUUCCUCAAAAUUGUUCAUUUUCGUACAAAGCUCCCUAUAGCCGACAUCAUCAAGAAGAUGUCAUCGUCUCUUCCUACUUCGUCCUGUUGUGGAAUGUUGAAAAGAACGAGUUCUCCAGGCCCAGGUGCGGCCAGUGGUUCAUCGCCAGGCACUAAGAAGGCACACCUGGUGAGCACAACAGCUGACAAUAAAGAUGGAGUAACAACCACAACAUCUCCACCUUCAGGUCGAACCGAACGCUUGAAGAUCCCGCUUUUGUUACGUCCUGAUAACGUCAUUUUCAUGGAGAAACCAAAAGCGUUCACACCCAUUUACGACGAAUUCCGACAUGAGUCAGCCAACGGCAGCAUCAAGUCACCACCAAGUUCACCUUCACGAGGCGGCAACGGCGACAAAGGAGGCUGCAAGAAGAAAAAACAAGAAUUCGAGCAGCAUUUCGGGUCAAUGAAUGCAGGUUCGGAUCAGCUCUUUGUUGGGGGAUCAGCCAUAAACGCCGCAUUUCGUCGUGCGCUUUCGGCUGCAGGCUUCAAUUGUGACGCUUUUAAAGCGGUGCAUGAAGAGUUGUGGGAAAAAGCGAGCCAAAAUUGUGAUCGGUAAGCAUAAUGUUCACUUCUUGGGUCCUCGAGAAAGAGAAUCCCACAACUCAUUCACAUCUAGCACUUUUUAGUAUGAAGGAUGGAGUACUUUUUAGUAUGAAGGGUGGAACUCGUAGAACACAGAAGAGAUUCAGGGAAGUCGUAGUUCCAAUCCGAACCGACUAACAUCGUCAUCAGUAGGAAGGAUGGAAUCAUGUAAGUCUAAGCAGUUAACAUCCCUAUCCAACAUCGCUUACUAGACUCUCUACGAUUCUCAUUGUUACGAUUUCAAAUUUAGGACAACAUUUACGACUUCUUCUUGCCACAAACAACAGGGUCGUCACUGCAGACGAGGCGCAACGGAAACGGCUAGGUGUGAACUAUCUCUCAUGUCGAGCUUCGCUGUCUGAUGUGACAACUUGUGCGUGCUUCAUACACAUUUUCCCAGUAGGAAAACGACCAAUGGGAUCUAAUCAAAACGCAGCUAUGCUGUAUCUGAUUGGACCACGAGGUACUACUUGUAGGAGUUAUUAUUGAACAAAUAAUACAACAGGCGGGAUGAUCAUCUGAAAAAUUUUCGUACAAGCUGUAGAAUACAUGCAAGAUCGAUUUCAAAAGACGCAACGAUUUGCUACAAGUUGUAUUCUAGUGCGCAUUCGUAAACUUAUUCUAGGUUCCGACUGCGCUUCUGCCGCAGACUUUGUUUCAAAACUCCGACUCUGCGGAAAGAAUGCUGUCGUCAGUGUCAACCAGUACAACCUGAAGCAGCAGAACAACUACACCGAAGAGCUUCCACGAAUUGACCGUGUGCGGGUUUGCCUUGUGUCAGGAGGCAUCUACAAGCAUCCAGACGUAUCCAAGCACGAGAUAGCGGAAGCAAUCAUGCAGGGACUGUUUUUUAUGGAGUAAGAUGAAGUACUAGAGUCUUCAUGAUCACUAGAACAUACUUUCAUUUUUUACUAAGCAAAGGUAUAGUAUUCGUCAUUUCGAUCAUAUUGAUAUAUUGUCACUCUUGUUUACGACGUGGUCUUGGUCACAAGAAAGAGUACUAGUAGCACCCUUUAAACGUAGUAGUAGCACCCUUUAAACACAAGAAAGAGUAGUAGUAGUAGCACCCUUCUAAUCCCUUAAACCCAAGUGCUCAGUACGAACAUAGUCCGCAAUGGGAAUUUGCCUACGAUGAAGACGUCUUUCGUGAAGCCUUUGCAACGAUGUGGACGGAAAAAAGCCUCUUAAAGCAUGUCCGUUCGGCGAAGGAAGGAGACAUGAGCGUGUUGCUGAGUCAAGAAGAUUACUACACCCACAUCGACGAGGAACAUAAUCAUGCGUCUGACGCUUUUGAUGUUAUGACUUGGUUCUUGUUGGUAAAACUGUUUAGCGGAAGAACAAGAAUACAUGGGAAAUGAACAAUUUUUGAGAACAAUUGAGCCGUCGUUCGUUUAAGUCGUUCAUUUAAAUUUCUCAGUGUUGAGUAAUUUUUGUCUGGGUGUUGUACGUGCUGCCUUCAUCGGAAGGCUUCCUCCUAUUCAAUAUAAUAUAUGAACCGACCACCCGCACCCCUCUUUCCCGCUUUUUUCCUUCCUCCCUUCACACCUCUUGACGAGCACCCUGCACAUGGAGCAAGAGAGGACGAGCGACACGAUGCCAGCAAUAAUCUCGUCGAGAUCUCAGAAGCUGAAAUUUUUCGCGCCGAAACAGCUAGAGCCAACACGAACACGAUGGAUUGAGAUGCUGGAAUUUUGCUCCCUUCUGAAGAUUUGGUGGCUCUGUGAACCGGAUGCGGUCGGUUAAUAUUUACCGAAAGGUUUAAGUAGACCAUUUGUUCAUUGGGACUGGGAGUCUUCACAAUCACAGCUAAUGAAAUUUCUUGAAUAUAAUGAACUUCUCCAUUGCUGAUGUCAUGUAGUAGGACAAGGCGCGCAGGAUGAUCAUGUUUGAUAUCGCGAUCACACCAACCAUUUGACAGGAUGAAAAAUGAGGUAGCAUGACAUGACGUGGCAUGACAUGACAUGACAUGACAUGACAUGACAUGACAUGACAUGACGUGGCAUGACAUGACAUGACAUGGCAUAGCUGUAUCUACUCCACCGCCCGUUCCUCGUUAUCUCAACAUCAUAGUAUUCAGGUUGAGGCGAGACUACUAUUUGAGGCGAGACGAUCAACACAACAUCCGAUGUUGCUGAAUGGAAAUACUCAAAACUCAUUCUUUUCAAUUCGCAGUAGUUCGUUGGUUCUUCUUUAU